GGACCCUGACGGGGAGCGGAGCCGGGGGCUGCGGGGCUGCCCCGAGAUCCUCGGGUUCUAAAUGGCUUCUAGGAAGUCGGGUUCAGAUUUUCAUGGGCCUUUCAGUUACCUUGAUGAUGUCCCAUUUAAGAUAGGAGACAAAUUCAGGAUCCCCGCUAAAGUUGGUUUACCCAUUGGUUUCUGUUUACCUGACUAUUCUCAGAUUGUCAGGGAAGCCCAGUAUGACUUCGCCUUGGAGAGGAAGACCAUCGAGUGGGCCGAAGACGUCCAGAAGAUCCAGGAAGCGCAGCGGGAAGCCGAGCGAAAGGCGGGAGCGGAAGCCGCGGGGCGGGUUGGUCCUGGUCCCGAUGCCGAGCCCCCCGGCCCGACGGACGUCCCGCCUCCCAUUAACCCCAUCCUCGCCAGCUUGCAGCACAACAACAUCCUCACCCCAACCCGGGUCAGCAGCAGCGCCCCGAAGCCCAAGGCGCUGAGCCCGCCCCAGGCCGACGCGGCGGCCUUCAACCCCGCCGACUUCGAGUGCGAAGAGGACCCGUUCGAUAACCUGGAGUUAAAGACGAUCGACGAGAAAGAGGAGCUGCGGAACAUUCUGGCGGGAACCCCCGGGCCCCUCGUGGCCCAGAUCCUGGACAGCAACUUGCCCAAAGGAGGACCCGGGGCGCUGCUGCAGGAGCAGGAGGUCCUGGCCUCCCUGGAGCGGGCCGCCCUGGACUUCAAGCCCCUUCACAAGCCCAACGGCUUCGUCACGUUGCCGCAGCUGGGCGGCCGGGAGAGGAUGUCGAUGUCUUCCAAAGUCUCCCUCCCGCCCGGCCCCCCCGUGAGCAAUAUCAAAUCCCUGUCCUUCCCCAAGCUCGACUCGGAGGAGGGCGAGCAGAAGACGGCGCAGCUCGCGAGCACUUUCCGCGGCACCGCCUGCCUCCCCAACGGCACUUUCCUCAGUUCCCUAAAGGCCCGCUCCCAGAACCGAGCCGGCGACCUCAACGGACACCAGGGGCCGGGGCUUUCGGCUCAGGGCGCGAACGGCGGGCCGGAGACGGCGGCCCGCUCCCCUUCCGCCCGGCUGCCUUCCCCGUCCCCGGCAGCCGAGAGCACGGAAGAACGGGGCUCGCGGAGCGCGACGGUCACGGUCCCAACCAACAACGCCCCACCGUCGCAAGUGCCCAGUGCCACCUCCACCCCCCGGCCCGCCACCCCCCCGGCCACCACGACCACCCCCACCGGCUGCUCCACCUGGUCCAGCGGGCCGGCCUCCCCCGACCUGCAGGGCCUGUCGUCCGGCGAGCGGCAUUGCGUGGAAACGGUCGUCAACAUGGGCUACUCCUACCAGUGCGUCCUGAAAGCCAUGAGGAAGAAAGGAGAGAACAUAGAGCAGGUUCUCGAUUACCUGUUUGCCCACGGGCAGCUUUGCGAGAAGGGGUUCGACCCGCUGCUGGUGGAGGAAGCGUUGGAGGUGUGCCAGUGCUCAGAGGAGAAGACCACAGAAUUCCUCCAGUUAAUGAGUAAGUUUAAAGAGAUGGGCUUUGAACUGAAGGACAUUAAGGAAGUUUUGUUGUUACACAACAACGACCAGGACAAUGCCUUGGAAGACCUCAUGGCGCGAGCGGGGGCCAGCUGAAAACGGUACCCCCACCCCGACGGCCCCCUGUCCCCCAACCCCCCGAGAUGGCACCGGCCCACCUGGCGGAGACCGGCCUGCCCCUUGCUCUUCCCCCGGGACGGAGAAGGGUGGAUUUCUCGGGGAUCUUUUUUCUUUUGUACGUCGUUGGAAAUACCAGCUUCUCUUUGGUCCGGGGAGGCCCUGGUCAGAACCCUUAAUGGGUUUUAUUUUGAGGUUUUCAUUGGGGGAAACCCUUCCCCUCGCCCCUGCGCCCCCAUCCCCCUGCCCCGGGUCACCCUCUCCUUCCCUGCCUCCCCACCAGCCUAGCCACGGAGGGUUGUUUGGCCACCCCGCCCCCGCCGGAGUUCACCGUAGGUCCCGACCAGACCUCCCAGGGCCUUGGACCAUCGGGCCGGGAGGGCGGGCUGAGGGGGCCUCCGGGGAGAGGCCGCCCUGGUUCGGGGCUGCUUUUACACUGUGCGCGGCCGGGACGGCCCCCGCUGUCACAGCCCGGCUGGACAGACGAGGUGGAGUCUGUAGUGCAAUGGAAAGUCUUUGGUUUCUUUCGAAAGCCGAGUGGAGAGUUGGUCUCUGACUUAGUGCAACACUGGUUUGCCAGAAGCCCUUGCGGGAUGAAGGCGCCCCUUUGGUUUCCCGUUCUGGUCCCCGGAUUCUCCCCGUGUCAGCGGCGGCAGUCAGCGUGCCACGGGUCUUCCCCCCGCCCCCACCUCCCGGGCAUCUCCUGGGGCCUUGAGGUCAGCCUUGACCCUGUCACCCUGGCCUCACCGCCCCAGGCCGUAGGUAGGUUAUUUAAGCAGAUUUCCCUUCUAGGGAAUGAGUCGGCCGCACGCCCGCCCGCCCGUCUGAGCGAGUCAGUGUCGAAACAGGAAGUCCUCAAGCACUUUUAAUAAAAACCAGCUGCCCUUCUAA